CAAUUUUCAUCAUUAAUAAUGAAUAUACGUGUAUAUUUGCUUAAGAACUGAAAAAGUUUCCUUGUGCUAGUGAGAAGGUAUUAUAUCUCACAACAACAAUAGUAUCAGGUUACUGUCUUUAAGGCUAAGCACUUACAACGUACCACGUGCUGGCCACGUUAUUGUGUAGUAUACUCAAAGUUCAACAAAGCGCGCCACUUCGGGACAAAGAGUUAACCUUAAAAACAAAUGCUCACGCACGGCAUCCUCUCUGUCAAACGAAAUCGAAGCUAUUGAGUUUCAUUUGAAUUCGGCAGAAAGCAAGUGCAGUUCAUACGUGUGACGUCUUAUUAUCAAUGUUGUAGUGCUAUGUAUCAAUUGUGAAAUUUACGUGUACAAAAUAUUACAGUGAAAAAGACAAACUAGAUACAACGAAUUAUUUUAUUGAUAGCUGAAGUCAAAGACCAAGUUAUGGCGGCACUAUUCAAAGUCUGUCGUCAUGAUAAGCCGCAAGAACGAAAAAUAAUCAAAGCUGCUUCAAUGGAUGAGCUUAUAUCGGCUGCAAAAAAUAAAUUACAACUUACAAACGAAAAAUAUAAGAUUUAUAUCGAAGAUUUUACUGAUAUUGAUGAAGACGAGAUAUUGAUGGACUUAGCAAACACGACUGAAGGGCAACUCAUACUCACAUUAGUGCCAGAUGGAAUCCCAUGGAACAACAACGCUUUACAAAUGAUUAUUUCUGGUCCACCAACUGGCAAUGAAUCACGUUCACAAAGCUUACAACUACAUUCAGCAGAAAAAGCCACUACUUCAUCGAAUUCAUCGUCAUCGUUGUUGUGUCAAAGUGAUAACUUGACUGAAAUUUUUAAAAAAUUUUCGAUUAACGUACAAUCUGCUUUAAAAAGUGGCAAAACUUUAGAACCUAAAGAACGAAAAUCGCGGGUCCACAUCGUAAGUGCAUACAUGAUUUAUAAUUUGAAAAAUACGUCUCGUAAAACUGCCGAAAACAUCAGUAAACAGAUCAUAAAUACAUAUCCAAAAUCAUUUUCUUCUAAAAUUGGAGAUAAAAAUGUUGAUGGUGCCAUGGAAGCUCUCAGGCAAACAAUAUAUUAUGGUGUCAAUUAUGAAAAGGGACAAUCUACGAGCACGUCUAAAGUAUCUUUCAGUUUAGAUGACUCCGAUGAUGAAUCUACAGAAAAACCUAAGGCUCAAGAUGAGUAUGGAUGUGUAUCAUACUUGCCCAGUUUACCGUCAUCUGAAACUCUAGAUACUCAAGAAAAAAAGAGUUUACAACUUAUCGAGCAUUACGAAUCUUCGAAUGAUAUAAGUAAUGAUGAUUUAAAACUUAUAAGUGAAACUUAUUUUUUACAAAGAAGACAAAUUCACAAAACUAAAGAUUUAACAACAUUUUUUGAUCAAUGGCCACAUUUUAAUCAUCAUAAAGUUGUAAUUAAGCAUGCAGAUUUACUAUUAGGUAAAGAUACUUAUCAAAUUUGGAAGAAAUCUAUUGAUACAUUGGCGAAACCGAUAAACUGUUGGUCAAAAAAUACUGAAAUUUAUCGAGAAAUUAAAGAUAAAAAAAAUAAAAAGAAAAGUACCAACCCCGUUGGAGAUGAACGAUAUGCUCGUGGAAUUUUAAAGAGCGCCAAGGCUCAUUGCGAUGUAGUCAAAAAUGAUGAACCUUAUCUAAAUAUUAUAAUUGGAUUCAUUAUUAGAUUCAUGAAAGAAAAAGAAGAAUAUCUUUAUAUCUUCAUUGAUGAGGAUGUAGAUGACGAUAAAUUGGUUGAUUAUGUGCCUGUGGCUAACCCAGUGUUGAUUAUAAAAGGACCACAUUUGUUCACUUUGGGAAAUACUUAUAAGGUAGUAAUUGAGAAAAAAAUUAUUAUUCACGUUGAUUCAUUCCUCGAUGGAAUAUUAACAACUUUUCUAAGUUACUACGUUUUUGGUUUUGUGUAUCCGAAGGAUAUUGAAGGGACGUUGGAAGCAAUCCAACGGUUGUUCUUAAAAAUUUGCCCUCCAAAAGGAACGAAACGCGGUGGUAAACGAAAAGCCACAAACAUCCAUCCCAAAGUAACUUUAAUGGUCGAAGAACUUGGAAUUUAUGUGGACACGAAUGAUACGACCGAUGAGACCAAUUAAAUAAUACUGAGACCAAUUAAAUAAUACUGAGACCAAUAAAUAAAAUACUUAAAAUUCUUAUGAUUUAAUAUUUAUGAUUAUCAUGAAAAAAAAUAUUAUCGACUUUAAACCUAACUUUAAAAAAAAUUUUAAGUAUUUAUUAUCUUAAACAAUUUUAAUUUUAGUUAUUUUUCAAAGAAAGUUUAAAAUUUGUGUUUGCAUUAAGUUAGUAUUUUCAUAAUAUAAAUUAUUGAUAACCCUGUUAUAAUUAAUGACAUAUGUUCAAUUGUUAGUUAAAUAAUUAAUAAAUUAAUAAUCAAUAAAUAUUUUAUAUUGAACACUAAAAUACGCUGUUGUAGCAUUCAUUGAUUUAACAAAUUUUUUCAGUAAAAUUUCAGUCUGAUAUUGAAAUAAAGCUAUGCAAGUUAUAUCCCGAUGCAUAGUAAUAUUGCAACGAGCGGUUUGUAUUUUUUUCAAAUUGACUUGAUGUAAGUUGAGUAGUAAAAAUUCAAUACGUUGUUGUACAAUUACUAAAAAUAUUUAAUAUGAUUUGUUUGCUAAAACUCCAAUUAUUGUACUGUAAGAUUACUAAUCCAUUUUUUACUAAAUGCUAGUAAUACGGCAACAAAUAGUUUGUAAUU